AUGAGUCAACAAGUCCAAAAUGGGGCAUCACUGUUGCGUAUACUCCCUGUUUCAGACAUGCUCACCCGUGGCGAGAAAGAGAGUAUUAUUGAGAAAACCCAUCUUAACAGUGCUCGGGUAUUUCGCCAAAAGGCAUCCAAACAUGGAAUAAACUUCCUUGACAUGGGAACCGAUUACCAUUACCCAUUCUAUGACGCUUACCCCCCAACGAAGGCUGCUCUGCUAGCACUCAAAAAGAACGACAUUACGGUGCUCCAUUGCCCUUCAUCUUUCGGACUACAAAGCCUUCGCCAAGCUUUCCAAACAUUCAUGUAUUCGAGGUUUUCAGUCACUCUGGACUGUAUGGAUGAGAUCAUGAUCAACACGGGAGCGUCGCAAGCCUUUGACGCUCUCUCUCGCGCUUUCAAAGGAAGAUAUGUCAUCCUGCCCCAGCUUGCCUUGCCUCCCGUCGGGGUUAUUGCAUGUGGCAAUGGUACUGAGCUCUUGAGGAUCGAACCUGAUGCUAAUGGAGGAAGUAUUGACCUUUCUGUUGCUCAAAAUAAGGUUGAUGAGAUAUUGCCUAGCGGUAUUCGAUUCCUGUACCUGAAUUCUCCCGUUAACCCUACCGGCUCCAUUGCGACUAGGGACCAACUUUGCAUGCUUGUCGAUUUCGCGAAGAAAAACAACAUCGUCGUUGUCCAUGAUAUGGACUCGUGGUAUACAAAGCAUCAAGGUGGGAAUAGGCUCUACAACAUCCUCGAAAUUCCAGGAGCAAUGGACUGCUGCGUGACAGUACUGUCUGUCAGUAAGGAAUUUGGCCUUCCAGGAUUGCGUGUUGGGUUUAUUGCAGGCAACAGUCGCGUGAUUAACACUGCGCGUGCUCAUAAUUUUACUUUUUUUGUUAUGAUUCCAGAGGUUUGUCAGCUUGCAGCUCAAGCAGCCCUAGAGAGCUUUUGCAAAGGUGGCAAAGCGAGAAACGAAAUCGACAAUCACAUUGCAGAGGUUCUCAAAGCAACCAUAAAAGGAUGGACUAGCUUAGGGCGGCCCCAAAGCAAGAUAUAUCCGCCAUCUGCGGGCUUCAAGUAUUUGGUCUCCGUGCCGCCAAAUAUUAAAGGGCAGGGGGCCUUUUCCAGCAUUGAGCUCUUUGACUUCUUCGUUACCAGCCGCGCCAGCGUCAAGCUGUCGACCUCUCGAUCCUUUGAUCCUGGUAAUAGUGGAUUUGUGAGGAUUGUCUUAAUGCAGAAUCCGAAAGAAGUUUUCGAAGUUUUCAGACGCCUUGCAUCAAUAGGUGUCAGUUAUACUAUGGUAUUGCCUGACGGACUUGAGCACGAGUAUGAGUCAUUUCUAGAGGAGAAUGUCAAUGAUGAUUUCUGA